AUGGCUGGGAUGUCGUCUGCAGCAGCCACGAGCGCUGUUCCCCUCCUCUCCGACUUCCUGAGUAGUGUUCCUUCGCAGCUGACCACGGCACUCAUCCACCUGGCGCCAUACAUCUCGCUGCUGAAACGGACAGCCGUGGUGAUUAGCUGGAGAUCGUCCUGGUUCGAGAGCUGGCUCGUAGUUGGGGGUUGUUUCUUUCUACCCCUCGUUUUACUCGUAAUUUUACCUUUUACGAACCGUCGACAAAAUGCUCGACCGUCGAAUGCUCUGGCUCCCGUCACGGAGUAUGCCCUUCAGGCUAUCAUCACAGACUUGACUAUCAUUCAAUCUCUAUUCCCUCAAUUCGCCCCUCUGCCCGCCAUCUCACUCAGCAUCCUUCUACGCGUAGUCAUUCUUUCUUAUAUUCCCUAUCUUUUCUUGACCUGCUACCUUUCCCUUUCUGUGAUCUUCGCCGUCGUCGGAACCGUCAUCCUCACAUGGCGCGCCCCUUGGGCAACCAUUCUCCGUGCCACCGUUUGGCGUAGUGCUUGGUUUCGCUGGACUUUGUACGCUGGUUGGGCGCGCUUGACUGGGCAACCACUUCCGUCACGAACCCUUUCACUCCAACCAAAAAUCUCCUCAACCAAUCCCGUUCGAUCCAUCCGGUUUCUCUUUACAAUCUAUGAGAACCAACGUUGGUGGAUGGGGUUGGAUUGGACCGCUGCCCUUCUGCCCGGAGAACGCCCAUCGUGGUGUUCUGCAGCUCAACAUCCUGUCUCCCCGCCAAAUGCUUUCUCCCUCCCCAAUAUUACCACUGUGUAUCUCCCAGACGGAAAUGGCCGAACGCUAAAGCGGACCGCAACAUGGAAAUGGGAGGAACCGGAGUGGCGCGUCUUGGUUCGGAAAAGUGGAGGCGGGUUAAGUCGCAUUGAGCGCCCCCUUCCUGCAAUCAAAGAAGAUAAUUCGAAUGGAAGCCGUUUGCUGAAGGCGGCGGGAAUGUUUCGUGAAUCAGGGAGUUUAGGAAACGUCAGCUCAACUCCCCCCGAUAAAAUAUCUGACGAAGGACAGCCGGAGGAUGUCGAAGACGGUAUUGAAGAGGAGUCCAGCACGGACGCUGAUGGUUGGGUUUAUGGCGAUAACAAGUGGGAAGGCCAAGGUAGUCGUGGUGGAAUGGGGAAGUACACCCGUUACAGGAGGUGGACUCGAGUCGCCUUUCUCAGUGAGAUCGUAGAUGUCGUGGACACGGAUUGUGUGGGGAUCACGAGAGAGCCUACGUCCUCACUGGACGCCGUUCCGCCCACAAAUAUCCUCGACAUACCUACUAAUGUUGACAAUCCACCUGAAAACCCUUUGCGGCAGAGACUUAAAUUGGCUUUGGCAAAAGGUGCUACACAAUCUGUAGUACCGUGA